AUGUUAUGACACUAACCACAACAAAGCUAUACGGAUUAGCUCCCGAGCGGACGCAGCCGGGCAUUAUCAGGCAGCCGGGCAUCUUUGAGGUCAACAGGCAGGCGGGCGGCAUUUCGUGAUGCUGUAUGGACACUGACAGGUACACACUAGCCUUUCCAGUAAAUGUGCUGUACAUCCCGUGCCCGAAGCUCGGCUAGAGUUCAGGCACUGCCCGGAGCCCUCAUGGCACGCGGGUGAUCGCUAUAGUUUACAGUGCCGUUAAGCAUCUAGGGCGUUACUAUACGCUUGUCCAAGAGUUUUCGGUUGGCAGUAAAACGCUCGACUUUGAACCUUCAGAUAUAGUUCUGGAGUUCCACUAGAAUUUCCAAACUACUCUCAAUGAAAGCUAUGAAAAAAGCAGAAGACAUAGCUCCUCCACUAAGCACUGGAGUUGGAAUUCUUGUAGAAGUAUCAUUUUUGGUGCCUCCCGAUUGAUUUCGUAAAUAUACCACAAUUCCUGCAAAGGAAAUUGAGUGCAUUAAGGAAGGGCUCCCCACUAUACUAUCAACCGAUCUAUACUCAGUGUCACAGAUGUCAAGGAUGACACUAAGAAGAACACGAAAAAGAGCAAGAAGAACAAAUGAGAGAUAGAUAGAUAGAGAGAGAGUUACCGAGAAAGAGAGAUAGAGAGAGAGAGAGAGAGAGAGAGAGAGAGAGAGAGAGAGAGAGACAUUGAAAGAUAGUCAAAAAAGGAGGGAAAUUGACCUGUUACACAGUAAGUUUUGUAGGUCGUGCUGGAUGUUAGCGAUCGAUCGGGAUCCACAUUUCAAUACUACCCACCAGUAAACCCAGUAGGCUCGUACGAUAGGCGUAAGAGGCAGAGGAAUCUAAUCAAGCAUUGGCCCCUUCCCUCCCCCCACCGGUGGGAGGCGGGGGGGAGGGAAAGUUGGCAUUAUCAACAGACCGUGUUUUCUAACCGGGGCUGGGGCCCUUUUACCACCAGUACCGGCUACGCCACAUACGACGAACGACGUCAACAAAGACCAAGAAUCGGCGGUGACGAUGAAGGCACCAAUGAAGGUACUGCUGGUGUGCUCUGCCAUUUCGAUAGCCAGCACCACCGGCACCGGCAAGACGCCCGAUAACAACCUGACGGCCCCGAUCAACUUUCCCGUCUUUUUCCGCAGUCGCUUCAAUCCACGCACGCUGCAGCAGAACGAGCGGCUCAUACCGGCCUUCGACGACAGCGAUUUACGGUUGUUGCUGCGUCCCCAUACCACAGCUUCCUCUUUUACGACGCCACAAUCAAGCCAGCGUGUCGAUCAGCCGACGACCGAGGCCGUGCCCGAGUCGCUGGAGCAGGAACCGGAGUGUGGCGACCUACCGCCCGGUGCCGAUGGUUUCCCCUGGGUAGCAGUGCUGGAGCACGCCGGCCCCCAGCAAGGCAGCCCGCGCAAGCGUACCCUCAGCAAGGGCGUCCUGAUCGAUCGCCAGCACGUCUUGACGACCGUGUCGAGCGUGCACAACUCGCACCCGACCUGGGUUGUGACGAGCGUUCGGCUGGGCGACGUCCCAACCCGCCGCCACAGCACGCACGCGGGCAACUCGAGCCAGAGAGCAAACGGUACCCAGCGGUACGAAAUCGAGACGGUGUUCCUGCACGAAAGCAAGGACAUUGCGCUAAUCCGGCUGGCAAACGGGGGCGUCCAACAGCUGACCGACUCGGUUCGCCCAAUCUGCGUACCGCGGGAGGACUACCGGCUGGAGAGCUUCAAGAUUUCGUCGCACGUCUGCCAGCGCAGCCAGGUGGUGUCGACGGCGACGGGCCGCCAUGGUAGCCGAGUCAGCCGGAGCAAGCUGCAGCCGCUCGAGCUGAUCAGUGGCGACGCCUGCAACCAGCUGCUGCGGCCGCAUGGUGCCCGACUGCCGGUCAAGAGCUUCUGUGCGCGGGAGUCGGCCGAAGAUAACUGCACUGGCUCGCUCGGCGGUCCUGCCGUUGCCACUGUCAGGGGUCGGUAUCACGUGCUCGGGCUGCGCUCCUACCUGCAAACCGAGACAACCGUCGAGGGCCUGGACAUCCCCAGCAUAUAUGUGCGGGUUGGCGGCCUGCGCAAAUGGAUAUCGGCAGUGAUCAAGGCUAUCGGCGAAUAGGCGGCGCGUUAUCGUCGCGUUCACUGAUUACGGUAUAUUCGGUAAGGUACUGCAGUGUCGGCGAGGUAGCACAGGCAUGAGGGACCAAUGGCUCAAUCAGAAUCUUCUCGGGACAAACCCUCAAAUCAACUUAUUACAUCACCUGCAUCUGAAAGAAGCCAGAACCUCAAAUCUCUGCAAUGUAUAAAUAGCACCAUCACGUACAUCUCCCAGACACGGCUACAUCAAUCAAGUACGCGUUCCAGAACGCUCCCAAGAGAUGGCUUUUGUUUUUUUAUUCGUCUUUUUUUUUGGAAUUGAAUAAUCAAUUUGUUCUCGAACAACAAAAUGAAUUCCGAUCGACUAUCAACCAUCUUUUCGUCGCACGAUGGUGAUCUUGUCUUUUUAGGUUAAAUGCCACGACCUCUCCCAUUCGGUCGCGGGCAUGAUAAGCAAAGCAAUAAAGCGCAUGUUCCCCGCCGGUUCGCUACUGGUCUACUGCCCAGAGCGGCCAAUCAAUGGAUAAUUCGCACGCGUUUGCUUAUGUUGGAGAGAAAGCUUUUUUUGUUUGUUUAAUGGUUUCUCAUUUUUUCCUGGAAUUCCCAGCCCCGAUUGGGUCCUUAUCAGGCGAUGCCAAUUUUAAACUGUCAAAUUAAAAUCUGCUUAUCGCACGCGCCAAUUCCCAUGUUUUUUUUUAUGUUCUUGUGGCAGAUGAAGAUUACUUACAAGAGAUUAUAUUCUUCUAUAGGAACAUGUGAGACAUCUUGCCAAUGGCUUUAAUCAAUAAACAAGAAUGCAAGUCCACGCAAA